AUGGCCACCAAUUAUCCCGCCCUUGCAACUCCGUCCCGUGUCACCGCGGAUUUCUCUCUUGUCCCGAUUGGGUCUCAGACUGCCUCCUUCUCCCAGCAGAUUGCUGAAAUCCAGCGUCUGCUCACCUGGUCCGGUCUCAAGUACCAGAUGACCGCUACUGGAACUACCAUUGAAGGACCAUGGGAUCAGGUUUCCCAGGUGAUUGGAUACGCCCACACCUUGGUUCACCAGGCUGGUAUUGCGAGAAUCCAGACCGAUAUUCGCAUGAUGACGAGAACCGACAAGGUGCAGCCGAUGGAGGGUAAUAUUGCCUCUGUGGAGAGAAUCCUGUCGGCGGCUUAAUUAUCUAUCGAGUAGAUCUAUAAACAGAGCCCACUAGACUGAUCAAUGG